AUGGAUCAAGUGGCGAAGUACUUGACUGGUAACACAUUUAAACUAUACCGAGCUAGUGGACUACCUUUUACAGACCGAUUACUGAAGCAAAACAGAGAAACGAUUUCAACAGAACUAGCAAAAUUCUUGUACCAGAUAUACAAACAAAAUAUAUCCACUUAUGAAGAAGAUUUCGUGGUGAGAUAUAACUCUUGUAAAGAUAUUCACAAGGAGAUUAGGGUAAUCAGUGUAUCAUUUGAUGAAACUCGAUACUUGAUUAUCAAAUCGAAGAAUAAUCGAUUACUACCUAGACAAACAUUGGUGUUUUCACGACACGAUAAUAAUACAAUCUUACUUAAUAGAGUGACACCGAAUCAAGAUGUCAAUGAGUUCUUAUUAAAGAUGGUGCAACGGUUGACAGACUCGUUAUAUGUUGAAUACGUCUUUUCUCCACAAUUGAUUCCAUUGCUUAUCAAUAAACUACUGCCUUAUUUCGGGAAUGAUAUACGACUAACUUACAGCAUUCAACAAACAAAAUUACUCAACAAUAUUCAAAUUGAAGUUCCUUAUUCUGAUUUAAAAAUCUUACGACAAAGUGGUCAAGGGCUAUACACCACCAUUUGUCAAUUCAUGUACAAUUCAUCAAAAAUUAAAUUUGAUAAGUUGAAAAUAAAAAAGUUAGUUAGUGAUGUGAUUAAUAUUGCAAGUGACGGCAUGAUUGGGUUUAAUCCCAUUGAUGAUGACGAUGAUGAUGAUAAUAAGAAUAAUAAUAAUGAGGAGAUCGGUCUUUUGGGGUUGAUUGAGAAUAUUCAUUCGGCGCUUAACGAAGUUGAAACUUAG